UCACAGUCCCGCCCGCAGAAGGAAGAAUCACGUUGGACUCGAGCGAGCGAGCGAGCGAGCGGCGAUAUGAGCGUACAUCGCGCAGACGAGUUCAGCGCCGAAGAUGCCAACCGAUUGCACAUAUACAUCAGCACCUUCACGGUGGCUGGACUGGCCAUGGGUAUCCUGCUUGUCGUGGGAGCUAUGCGACUGCGAAAGCGCAACAUCCGUGCGAGGCACAUGAGGCUAUCGUCAGUAUCGUCGAACAACGAGGGCCCGGACCAAGCCACGCCUGUCGCCGCGCCUUCCAUGGAAGCAGACGACGAUCAUACGGAAGUAGCUGAAAACAACCCUGGCGCCUUGGCGAUUUGCGUCAGGACGGCGAGCGGCUCUAUCGACGAUGGGUCGGCGCUUUUGUAGACAUAUCCAGUUGCAAGUAAUGUACAGGUAUUAUAUGUUUGGUGUGUACCGCGA